UGUGGGAAUGUGUAGAGAAAGAAGUUGCAGACAAAGCAGUGUCGGCCCUCAGAGUGCGAGUGUCACCCGGCAAGGACACACGUCGUGUCGGAGCGUCCGUGGGACGUGUAGCUCGGAGUUUAACUGCAGUCGGAACAUUUGUUUUUAUUUCUUUUAUUUUUGUUGGUUGUUUGGAGAGAAAACAAACAAGCAAACAUCUUCAGGUUAUUAUCAUCACGGGAAUACAAACAUCUAUACGGGAGAAGGUCUUGUAGAGAAAAGGGACUAUGCAGCCGUCAUCAGGCACUCACAACCAUGACAACUGUGUUCAGACGCAGCUCUGUGCCCAGCUGGAGUUCGUCCAGAUCCUGGUGAUCGUGGUGGUGAUGAUGGUGAUGGUGGUGGUCAUCACCUGUCUGCUGAACCACUACCGCCUAUCAGCACGCUCCCUCCUGUCCAGACACGCCCCCGCACGCAGGAGACACCUGCCAUUGGCCAACGAGGGGAGUCUGUGGUCUUCUGAGGCUACGGGGACAAACAGUGGUCUGAACGAGCACCAGGUGUAUAACCCACGCCCUCCGGACAGAGGCGUGCCCUCGUCCUACCUGCAGCGGGAGCCUCAUCACGCCCAGUCCCAGUCCCUGCCUCCGCUCCAGUCCCAGCGCUUCCAGCACACGUACGCCCCGAGUCGCUUCCAGCCGACGUAUCCCUACCUGCCCCAGAGCCUCAUCGAUCUCCCCCCCACCAUCUGCCUCUCGGACGGGGAGGAGCCCCCGCCGUACCAGGGACCCUGCACCCUGCAGCUCCGGGACCCGGAGCAACAGAUGGAGCUGAACCGCGAGUCGGUCAGAGCGCCGCCCAACCGAACAGUGUUUGACUCCCACCCCAUCAACCCAUCCAGCUCCUGUCUGCAGGCCAGUCUGCAGGCCCCUCCUCCGAGCGUCCAUUCUGGCGUCAGUGUGCUUGAAGCCCAGGAGGCCUUGUCCCGGCAUCAGAAGCAGGGCUCUCGAGUUGAGGGAGCUCCCCCGACCUACAGCGAGGUGAUCGGGCACUACUACCACCCGACGUCCCUGAGCCCCGGCCACAACCACCGGACUGUGUCGUCCCCACCCCCGUCCUCGCUCAUACACGGCCUGCUCCGACCGCCACCGCAGCAGCGGGGAAGCGUGGACAACAGGAACGCAAGGAAUACGAAGGAGAAAUCCCAGAAGCCCCAGCAGGUUUGACAGUACUGCCUCCGUAUCCCUAGCCUGCGCGGGGAAACCAGGAUUUUAUCCGCUCGCCGCUUGGGAAGCGGUCAGUAGCCGACGAGGAACUACCUGGUGAACGGUAAAAUGGUUUAAGGGGCUGGUUGGCGUUAGUUGUAGUCGUAGCUGACAUGUGGUCAGUUUCACCUUUUCCCCACUCCAGUGCGUCAGGCUAGGACCCGGGAGGCAGCAGACGCCAGCUUCUCGUUAGAUAAAGAACUCCUGGAAAACCACAUAACUCCUGCAGAGCACAGACACAGGAGAGAAAAAUCUGGCACUUCCUGUUCCGCGGCUUCUUAUUUCCGGUCGUGAGGAAACACUUCAGAUGAACCGAUGAUGAUGAUGUCAGAGAGGAAGGGCAGAGGGUGCAAAAGGGAAGGAACGAUACAGAAGCAUCCUUCUUCCCUUGACAGCGCCACCUCGUCCCUCCUCCAUCAGACUGAUCUAACUUCAUUCAUUCUAAAUAUUUACUCGUUCUGUUUGUUUCUAUAGAACUUUUAGUUUUUCUGUUUGUCUUUCUUUUUCGCGCUUACGGGGAAAAAUCUCUCUAUCCGGACAAACGGCGAAGCGUUGCAAUCUUCUUGGUUAUUCCAGGUUUUGUUUUCUAGUGAUAAUCCCCCCCCCCCCCCGCUUUGACUCCAUUUAGUUCACGACCGCACAGUAACCAGUGACUCCUGCUUCAGCUGCAUCACGGGGACGUGUUAGUGUUUCCAGAAAGAGUUUAUAUUUAGUUAGCGCCGUCUCGAACUAGCUUAGCGGCCGUAGCACAGAGCUGAAAGUCCUCCAGCUAAAUGUUCUGCCUUACAACGACCAGCCGAUGCAGGAGUUGUUGCUUAAAUCCUUUUUUUAUUUUUGUUUCCUAAAGAAGGUUUGCACAAAGUUCAAGACCGCAAUAUGAUUGAGGAGAGAGAAAACAGAGAAAGUAAGGGGUAUUUUUCUAAACUUGAUAGAUUCGUAAGAGUAAAGAUGUUUUUUUUCUUCUUCUUCUUCUUCUUCUUCUGUUUUUUAUAUGUUGUCUAGUUUUAGAGAAAGAAAACAUCAUUAAUCUGUCGGGGUGCCAACUUUCACGCUGAACAUUUUUGCUGCAGAUGUGUUGGUAUGUGUUACAUUUUGAGUACACACACACACACACACAAACACAUGUACGCGAACUGAGAGUGAACUCAAAAGCACGAAUUUACGAGUUAUUUAUAUAAUUGCUGAAAAGAAUUGCACUAUUUUUUAGUAUGCGCAGAUGGAACAUGUGGGAGAGACUUUUAUUGUGAAGGAGCUCUGUCCAUUGAGGCGUAAAGAGAGCGAGAGGCACCAGAGGGGGGUGCACAGCGGCCAGUAUCACCAUAACUUAUCAUGGGGAGAGUCGGACUUCGGCUCAACGGACUCGGAUCCACCGUUACUGAAACCAUUGAAAAUGAAUAAAUCCCUCAUUUAUGCAAAAGAUCCGAGUCUUGCGAGCCAAGUCAGCAUCCCACCUAUGGGCCCAAUCAGAAACUCUGCUCGUAGCUCUCUCUCUCAUCCCAUUGACCGAAUCGUUAGCCAAUCCCAAAGCUGGCUGUCACGACCUCGAACCGAGCACAUACGAGUCCAUCAGACUUUGUCCCGUCGAACAAAUGUAAUCACGACAAUGUGUAAUGUAAACGGUAGAGUAGAGGAGGAUGUAGAUGUAGAGUUUAAUCCUGCUCUGUGGUAUUUUAUUUAAAUGUCAGGGUUUUUUGUUUUUGUUCAUCGGGUGAGAAGAGAGAGAGAGAAACGAUGCAGAUCCAGUGACGCCUAACGUCCCCUUUGUAGUGCUCUGCAGGCCCUAAAUGAGUAAUACUGUGCACAGCUGUGUAACACACACACACACACACACACGUUACACUAACAAGUUUCUGCUUGCAACACACACACACACACAGACCCCUCUGGUGAGGUCACCGCUGUCACAGGCAUCUCUGAGCACUUUAAUGCACCAGGAAAGAGACAACAAUCUUCCGUCAGCCAGCCGCAGCCGAGAAAACUUACGGUAGAACCCUUUAAUAUUCGAGCUUUUAAUAGUCCAACCUUUAGAAGCCACACUUCAAAAAAAGAUGCAAAGAGUUGUGCUCCAAAACUUUAAACAUCCUUCAACGGGAAAAAAACUAAAUAUAACCCCAACACAUGGAAUCACCAGCUGGGUGUCGGUUUAAAUUUUUCAAUGCUGUUAGCAGCUUUUUAAAAGCAACAUUUGCUCAACUUGCUUUGAGAAAUGUGUUUUUUCGUCUUUUUAUUUCUCAAGUCUUAAAUGUUCUUUAUACAAGCAGAACUUUGGCUCAAUAAAAUCCAGUCAAAAUUGGCAAAUACCCAGCCGGGGUAAUGACAAAAAAACUUACUACAUUUUGAAUUUUUUUUAUUUUAACCUCUUCUUCCCACGGUGGAUAUUUCCCUUCUGGAGCAGAACUCUUUGUGUGUUGAACGCAGCACGAGGCGAGUUGUCGCAAAUUAAGACACACAGAAGUGUUGAAAAGUGACACGAGUGUUGACAACAACUUGUCCUCUUGUCGUCUCUUUCAGAGUGUCGGACUGAAGGUCAAAGUUUAGCUCGCUAACAUAGAAGAUUAGAUCCUUCUGUAGGUUUUUGUCUUUUAGUUGCUUCUUGUGUGAAAAUGUUUUUGGAACCUCUUUUAGCCGGCUGGUUCUGAGGUUCGCCAGUUGAAUUUAAAAGUGGAUGUGAAGGAACCCUUUAGUGUCCAGCCUUUAUGCAACAGCGCCCUCUGCAGGGACCGAACCAAACCACCGCCAAAACCUCCCGAAGCUGAGUCGGUCUAACUUUGUAGCCUGAGGAGAAGAGAGUCAAAAAGACAUUUUUAUAAUCGGAUGCGGUGAAUCUUUAAAUCCUUUUCUUCCUCAUGUAUUGUUGUUACAUCGGAGUCAGAGCCGAGCGUCCGUUAGUCUGAAAGAUAAAUCCCUGGUGAUCUUUGAAAAGACAAGACGGUCCUUUAACAGCGCCGGUUUGAGGUUAUUCAAAGUCAGAGUCAUCUGGCUUUCCACGGAUAACAAACAUUCUGUCUGCUGUAGUGUAAAAGCGUUCUCUUACUUGUUCCCCAAGUUGCAACUCUGUUUCUUAAUCCAGACAGAGAUUGUCAGAAAUCUUCUUCUAUGGUGCAACAGACAGAAUCAUUUUUAUCUGGAUUGAGGAGUCUUUGAGUCUUCUGGAAAUGCCUUUAAAACACAGAUACGACCGUCUGAAUAUUGUCAGUUAUUUAGCUUCCAGAAUAACGGCUCGACUCAACAUUACUCUGUCUAAACAUUCAUCGAAGCCUCAUAAAAACAAUUGGAUCUUUGUUUAAAAAGACAUGGGAUGAUAAAUUACCAUAAAUUCCUCAGAUGAACAGUUGUACGAAUCCUUCCUUAAACUUCUGUUACUCACACAAAAAAAAGACAAACAAUCAGAAGUCAUUUCUUUGUGAUUGGCCGCCCCUCUGUCUUCUUUACCGUCUCUCUUUCUCCCUUUGCUUCCGGUGCUGAUCCGCCAUGUCGGCACAUACGAUUCAAUGACGAACAAACAAAAAAAAUCACGACAUAAAGAAAUCAAUCUCUUGACCCAAAGCAGCUAAAGGAGGAAGAGUGAAUCACUCACCUUUGAACCCGAAAUGAGAUUAUGAGCCCAGUCCCAGUACAAGUUUAGUUAACUUAUUGUCCCUCCACCAGUGUUAUACUUGUUUUGAACUGGGCUGCCUUUAUGUUUUGGUGGUUCCCUGGAGGGUUCGCAGCGGGUACGAGAAGGCUGGACCGGCUCUGGUCGGGGCGUCGCA